CCCCAUUGCCUGGAGGUCUCCAGAGCAGCCAAUCAGCAGCCCCGCGGCUCCCGUUCCAAAGCCCUCGCCCGCCCGCCGGGACUCCGUCUCCCCAGCCCGGGUGGAGGCGCGUCCUGGGGGAUGGGGGGCGCAGCCCUCCUGCUCCUGCUCGCGGUGGCCGCCGCCCCGAGGGAGACCCGGGCGGGCCCCCACUCCCUGAGGUUUUUCCACACCGCGAUGUCCCGGCCCGACCUCGGGGAGCCCCGCUUCAUCUCCGUGGGCUACGUGGACGACACGCAGUUCGACCGCUUCGACAGCGAUUCCCUGGGCCGGAGCUUGGAGGCCCUGACGCCCUGGGCGGAGCAGGUGGAGCAGGAGAAGCAGGAGGAGUGGGACGAGGACACGCGGAUCCUGAGGGGCCACGCACUGUGGUACCGCGCGCAGCUGGACACCCUGCGCGGCCUCUACAACCAGAGCGAGACCGGCUCUCACACCUUCCAGAGGAUGUCUGGCUGCGACGUGGGGCCCGACGGGCGCCUCCUCCGCGCGUACAGACAGUUCGCCUACGAUGGCGCCGAUUACAUCGCCCUGAACACGGACCUGCGCUCCUGGACCGCUGCGGACACGGCCGCUCAGAUCACCCGGCGCCAGUGGGAGGCCCAGGGAGAGGCAGAGAGAUUCAGGAACUAUUUGGAGGGCAGGUACUUAACGUUGCUGCGCACAUGCCUGGAGUACGGGAAGGAGACUCUGCAGCGCACGGAUCCCCCAAAGACACAUGUGACCCAUCACCCCUCCACUGACCAUGAGGUCACCCUGAGGUGCUGGGCCCUGGGCUUCUACCCUGCGGACAUCACCCUGACCUGGCAGCGAGAUGGGGAGGACCUGACCCAGGAGAUGGAGCUGGUGGAGACCAGGCCUGGGGGAGAUGGAACCUUCCAGAAGUGGGCUGCUGUGGUGGUGCCUUCUGGAGAGGAGCAGAGAUACACAUGCCACGUGCAGCAUGAGGGGCUGCUGGAGCCCAGAGUCCUGACUUGGGUGUCCCCUCAGUCCUCCAUCUCCACCGUGGUCAUCAUUGCUGGCCUGCUUCUCCUUGGAGCUGUGCUCACUGUUGCUGCUGUGGCUGCAGCUGUGAUGUGGAGAAAGAAACGCUCAGGAGGACAAGGAGGAAGCUACACUCCGGCCACAGGCUGCGACAGUGCCCAGGGCUGUGAUGUGUCUCUCAGCCCCUAAGGAUCUUUAACAAUGAACCUGAUGAAGCUUCUGUUCUGCACACCCUGGACAGCAGUGGGAUGGUGUCACUGUUGUUCUUAACUGUGAUAUUGAGCCUUUGUUCAUAUUUUUAUUUUGCUAUGUCUACAUAUGUUGCUAUGUCUAUAAAUAAUAAAUAUAAAUAUAAUAAAUAAA